UGGUUGUCAAUUCUUCGUUGAUUUUCGAUUGGCGGAGACAGCGUACCCUCCCACUCCGAUGACCUCGCGAUGACGAUAGUGUACGACCAAUCAGAGUGUACACGAGGCGAGGGUGUUUGGUAUGCCCUGGGACGGGGCAGCUUGUUCGCAGUAAUUCAAGGUUUUGACCGUGCAACAAUAUUGUCGUGGUCAAUCAUUUGAAAAGAAAUCGCUCGGCUUCGAGUUGGUCGCGAGAUCUAAAUACUCGGUUCGAAACAAACUGCGCGUAGAAUGGCCGCGGUUUUCGAUAUCGAGUUGCACGAUGCUGAUACAGUAAAUAGGGACGAGUCCGACGACGAUGUUAUCGAGAUCGGCGAGGAAGAGUAUGACGCGAAUCCAAACAUGAACGAGAUCACCGAAUCGGAAGGCGUCGAGAAGGUUCCCAUAUCCGAACAGAAUGUUAACCGUGGCAGAGAAAGGGCUGGUCCCGAGGAUUUCGAACUGUGUAAAGUUAUCGGGAAGGGUGGUUAUGGCAAGGUCUUUCAAGUGCGUAAAGUAACGGGUAAUGACAGUGGCACGAUCUUCGCGAUGAAGGUUUUACGUAAGGCUUCUAUUAUAAGGAACCAGAAAGAUACGGCCCACACCAAGGCUGAAAGAAAUAUCCUGGAAGCUGUAAAGCAUCCUUUCAUCGUAGACCUUAUGUAUGCUUUUCAAACUGGUGGGAAAUUAUAUUUGAUCUUGGAGUAUAUGUGUGGUGGUGAAUUGUUUCGACAUUUAAAUGAUGAAGGCAUUUUUCUUGAAGAAACUGCUUGUUUUUACUUGUCGGAAAUAAUAUUGGCACUACAACAUCUACAUCUACAAGGAAUAAUUUAUAGAGAUUUAAAGCCAGAAAAUAUUUUAUUGGAUGCUGAGGGACAUAUAAAAUUGACCGAUUUUGGUUUGUGUAAGGAACAUAUACAAGAUGGCACCGUUACACACACAUUUUGCGGUACCAUAGAAUACAUGGCUCCAGAAAUCUUAACGAGAAGUGGUCAUGGAAAAGCAGUAGAUUGGUGGAGCCUUGGAACUUUAAUGUAUGAUAUGCUCACAGGUUCACCACCAUUUACAUCUGACAAUAGAAAGAAAACAAUUGAGAAAAUUCUACGUGGAAAAUUGAAUCUUCCACAGUACCUAACACCUGAUUCUAGAGACCUAAUCCGGAAGCUGCUGAAGAGACAAGUUGCCCAGAGAUUGGGAUCUGGUUCAUCAGAUGCUGAACAAAUAAAAAAUCAUCAGUUUUUCAAGCAUAUCAGUUGGCAUGACGUCAUUUCCCGAAAAUUGGAACCGCCGUUUAGACCAACAUUAGCGAGCGAGGAUGAUGUGUCACAAUUUGAUAAAAAGUUCACAACUUCUGCGCCAAUAGACUCGCCGGCAGAAUACACGUUAAGUGAAUCAGCAAAUAGAGUAUUUCAAGGAUUCACAUAUGUAGCACCAAGUAUAUUGGAGGAUAUGUAUUCGCAGCCGCGAGUAAUAAAUGCUAGAAGUCCACGUAGAGGUAAUAUGCGUGGAUUUUCACCAAGAACAACACAUUUUCAUUUACAUAAUACACACGUACAAACUCAUAGACACAAUGGUGUUGGACACGGAAAUAUGGAAGAUACAGAAAUGAUUGAGAUAGGCUAACUGCCACUUGUACUAUAGUGGAAAAUGCUUAGCAUUUGGGCCUAACUGCUGGAUAUCUAUGACCAAAUCCUUGUGUCUCAGGGAGGGAUUUUAUAAAAAUAUAGAUGGAGUAGCAAAAGGAUAGGUCCAAUAUCCGGUACUUCGUUGGAUAUUCAGCAGUUAAAAUUUAGCUAAUUUUUUUUUUUAAUCAAAUUUAAUUAUAACAAAGGUACUAAUUAAGAUUAUGCUUUAAGAACAGCGACGUAGUAGUUAUUUGGUAGCAUGUAAAAAUGUAUGUAUAUGCAUAAAUAUGUAUAUUUGUAGAUAUAUGUAUUUAUUUAUAUACAUAUCUGUAACAGAAAAAUUCAGAAAAUAAUUAAUCAGGAAAGGAUGAUUUUAUUUACUUAUUUGUCGUUAGUUACAAUGUGCUGAACGUUCUAACGGGAUCCAUUUAUUCGCAUACAUUUAUAGUCGAAAUACUGCACACGUUUCACAUUGUCCUGUUAAUACGUGUAAUGAUCUAUUGUUUUUUGUAAAUACUGAUCUGUAGGUUGGUUGGGUGUUCAUGUAUAGAUACACAAGCGUCAUUCAUGUUAAGUGCAACAGACUGAAAAAUUCCAGCACUUUUAGAGACUUGAAAAAUUACCACUGUUGAGACAAAUUUGAAAUUCAACCAUCUUGUAACACUUGUAUAUUGAGAGAAGAAAAAAAUGCAAAGAAAAGAACGAAAAAAAACUGUACACGGCAAAUGUAAUUUAAUCGCGGUGUAUGUGAUUGCUUAAAUGUGAUUCAUUGAAAAUGGACAAAAGACAAAUAGACUUAAUAACAAAGUUUCACAGCUGCCACUACCGCUCCGCCGCUCAAAAUUCCAUAUCCGGUCGUUCAUUCGAAAAAGAGAGAGAAGAAAAACAAGGAAUUCUAUUGUCAGCAGUAAUAACGUUUCCAUGGCAAUAAUAUGAAAACAAUAACGUGUCUACGUGGAUAGUCAUAGACAGUGUUUAUGUAAUACUGCAAUGGAAUUGCAUUUGUACAAUUGAAAGUUCCUACGAAGCGUGAGUUAAAAAUGCAGCAUGCUCUGAUCUUCAAGCAUACAAAUAUUUUUUUGUAGAAGCCUUGUUUAUCCAUAUAUACGUGUACAAAAAAAGAACCACCUUUAUUUAACCGUUUACGCCUUGAAGAAAAAGAAGAAGAUAAGACAAACAGCUUUGUUGUGAUUUUGUGUAAUUAACAGAAAAAAUAUUUAGUGUGAAACUAGUUACCAUGGUAACAAUGUUACUGCGAAACGUUGACUCUGCGACGAGACGAGGGUAUAGUUCAUAUUUAACACUCGUGUUCACAUGUUGUUCAGUGUGUCAUCAUACUAUCGCAAUUUAUUUAAAUAAUAUCUAUUCGUUACA